CUCAAGGAACUACACGCAAAACGCGUACAAUCCUUGCGAAAGGAACUGGAUUAUCUUAAGGCGACGGAGUGGCGAUAUCAGCCUAUAGAUCGAUACUUAGAUAGGAGCCAGAGAAAUUGAAGAUGCUGUCGUUAAUCGUUAAAGGACUUCAAUAUGCUGCAAGCUACGUGCACUCGGAUAAUCAAACUGCAGAGGAAGACAUAGAUAAAGUCAUAUCUCGUAUAGAGGAUGCUAAGGAGACCAACGCGGAUGAAACUGCCAACCAAGCGGAAGAACUGAAUGAAGAAGGAUGUUACUACAGGACGGGAACUGUCACUCAAGUCACCGAGAGUUACGUUCUCAUAGAUGAUUGCUAUAUGUACGAAAAGAUCGAUAGCUCAACCGAGAAUCUAAAAAUAGCUGAUAAAAUUCAGUACUUGCUAUAUCUACGGGAUCCAAAGGCGGAGCCGAAAGUACGUAAAAUUAUCUGCGUGAUAGACGACGGCUGGGAAAACGCAAAUGUCAAAUCGGAGGAAAAUGCCCACACUCAAGCGAUACUGAGGAGUAUAGUUGGCAAAGUGACAAAACGUGAAGGCCGAAUCGCCAUUGUCGAGCCAAACAAUAUUCGCAUUGACUUGUGCAAAGUACGAUCCGACUUCAUUCCCGUAAUUGGUGAUUGGCUGACAUUGGAAUGCGUGGUCGAACUAAACAACAGCUCUACGGAUUUGAUUGGCGAAGUCUUGGAAGUCGAUAGGAUUAAAUCGUUACGAUCUAAGCUGGACUUUGGCGUGAUAUCAAAGUACAAUCCAAACAGCGAAGUGGGAGUAAUUGAUGGGAAUGUAAUUUUUCAUAAGCGCGUGUGUGAUGUGGGUUACAUUCCCUGCGUAGGUGACAAAGUAUGCAGCGACAGCAUAGAAAGCGAUCAAGGACAGUACAACUGGAGAUCGUUGACCGUAGUGCCAUUAGUUCAGACUCCAAAGAAAUCCGUUGAGUUACCAGCCGUAAACAGUGUUCCUUCCAUAUUAGAUUCCGGCGACUUACUAAAAAACAAAUAUGGUAUUAUCAUAGACGACGAAUUAAAAUUUAAUUUGAACGUAGGAGAGGAGAGUACCUUGACAGUUUCGAUACGAAAUAACGGCAGUUAUGCUCAUUUGUUGCAAAGUGGCUCUUUUACGCCACAGAAGACCCCAUCUCAGUUGUCACUAGUGUCACCGACAAAUACAGAUAUCGGCAUAGUAGUAAAUCCUUCCGAAAGUGUUGGUUAUACAUUCAAAUGCAAAGCGAAAUUUGUCGGCACGUCCGAGGAGCUAUUUACCUUUAAUUUCAAAGACUUUAAGAUAGCUAGAGUGUUUCACAUAACUGUCGAUGCAAAGAACAUAUCACAAAAGACUGAUUCUGCAUCUAUUAUACAAAAGAAGGAAAAUAUUAAUGUACCUGAUUUGAAUGAGUUAAUUGAAGUUACAUGUAUUCCUGGGGUAAAACCAAGUAAAGCGCCUAAAUUUAUCAAAGUGAAAAGUGGCGUGUUCAGAAUACCACGAUACGUUUGGAACAUAAUGUGGGAUAAUAUACAGAGUAAAGGAACACAGGCGGAAUUAGAGAUCGCUAUUGGAGAUCAGAUACCUUGUCUCCUAAAACCGCUUUCUUUCGAGACGUAUAAGGAACGUUUCCACAACUUGUUGUAUCUAGAAGAGGUAUCUGUAAUACUCGCUUUGCAAAAAUAUAACAUGGAAAAUGUAGUCUUGCGACGAUGCGGUGAUUAUCUUGCGCUAGAAGUGCCAGGAUUAUCAGAAAGACGGCCUUCUCUCCUUGUCGGUGAUAGAGCUAUAGUAUCUUUUCAAUGGGAUAAAUCUCAAGGCGAUCUAAAAUAUGAGGGCUUUAUUCACAAAGUCAGAAGCAUGGAGGUCUUUUUAAAAUUUAACGAAAGGUUUCAUCACGAAUACAGUGGUGAGAGUUGUCGAGUGAUAUUUAAAUGCUCGUAUCCCACUAUUCAACGUUCUCACAAUGCUGUUAAUUUAGCUCUCAACCGUCUUGGACCUGAUUUUCUGUUUCCUACCAAAGUAGUGCAAAAAGAGCCACAGUUCCAUUUAGAGGAAGAGCAUGAGGCCGAAGAGAAACCCACUCACAUGCAAGUUCAUCACAGACAUAAAUCUGUAUCUUCUAACAGUUCCAGUUCCUCUGUCACUUCGGUCAGCGAUACAACCUCUAAUAAUACCAAAGUCUCUACAAGAAUAUCGGUAGCAAAUAGACUUUUCAAUUCUAAGCCUGCUGAAUCGUCAUUUGAACGUACAACGACGUCGGCUACAAGAUCAGAAAUAAAUCAAAGUUUUAAAACGAAUUUGGCAAGGAAUGCCAACGGGAGUAAGACUAACGCUGCCAUGGUUUCAAGGACGCCAAAUGGACCGAUCGCUCACACUAAUGAUAAACUACAACCAUAUAUCACUCAAAUAAAAAAACGGAAAUUAAAUUGGUUCAAUAAAGAACUGAAUUAUUAUCAAAAAGAAGCUGUGAGGAAUAUAAUAUUGGGAUUAGCACGCCCGUUACCCUACGUUAUAUUUGGCCCGCCUGGAACAGGGAAGACAAUGACUAUGUGCGAGACGAUCUUACAACUUUUGACCGUGAUUCCGGAAAGCAGGCUUCUCAUAGCAACACCGUCGAAUAGCUCGGCAAACUUAAUAGCGGAACGCUUGUUGGACAGUAAUAUCCUUAAGCCAGGCGAUUUGGUUCGACUGAUAGCUCAUCAUUACUUGGACAGUGACUCUAUUCCCGAGAAACUGUUACCUUACUGUGCUACGGCAGAAUUAGCUGCGGAAGGAACGUCCGAUCGCUUCUAUCAACACGAGAACGGAGUGAGAGUGAACUGUACCAUGUCCGUACUGGGUCGCCAUAGAAUUACCAUCGGCACCUGCACAUCGUUAGGAAUAUUGUACAAUAUGGGCUUUUCUCGUGGUCAUUUCUCGCACGUUCUAAUCGACGAGGCGGGUCAAGCGACCGAGCCAGAGAUUAUGAUUCCCUUGAAUUACAUUCAUUCCGAUCAUGGUCAAGUGAUACUCGCGGGCGACCCAAUGCAACUUGGGCCUGUCGUGCAGAGCAAACUGUCGAUGAAUUUCGGAUUCGGCGAAUCAUUCCUAUCGAGACUUUUACAUCAAUUUCCUUACCAGAAAGACCUGGAAGGAUAUGAAACCGGCUAUGACCCCAGACUUGUUACGAAACUUAUAAUGAACUAUCGGAGUUUACCAGAGAUAUUGGAUCUACCAAACUCAAUGUUUUAUGAAUCGGAAUUACAACCACAGAUAUCAUCUGAGAACAGUGACGAAGCUAAACUAUUGGAAACGCUGGAAACAGAACUGCCCAAGAGAGAUGGAUUGCCAUCGGCCGUAAUCUUCCAUGGGGUCAAUGGUGAUAACUACCAAGAUCCCGAGAGUCCAAGCUGGUACAAUCCCGCAGAAGCGACGCAAGUGUAUCUCUAUUUGAGGAAGUUAUAUAAAUCCGGGCUUAAGCCAAAUGAUAUAGGAGUUAUAACCCCUUAUCUCAAACAGGUACAAAAAAUCCGAGAUAUGCUGUUGGAGUUAGAUCUUAAUUUGCCAAAAAUCAGCAGUGUAGAAGGAUUUCAAGGACAAGAAAGGAAGGUAAUCAUUAUUUCGACUGUCAGAUCGUGCAAGAAUCUAAUUGAAGAAGAUGUCAAGCACGCUCUAGGCUUUGUCGCUUCGCCCAGAAGACUCAACGUCGCGAUCACUCGUGCUCGCGCUCUACUCAUUAUCUUGGGAAAUCCGAGAGUACUCAGUUUGGAUCCGUAUUGGAGGAGCGUUCUGACAUAUUGUAUCAAUCAUGGUGGAUACACGGGAUGCAAUUUUUUACCUUCGUAUAUAACGGAUUUCCAAAAUAUAAAUGUCUCGUAAUCGCAUAAGUUGCAACUUGAAUACUAACUUGUAACUUAAAUAAUAUUGAGACAUUUAUAAUUAUAAUUAUUAUAUUAUAACUAUAAUUGUAUUUAUAAUAUAAUAAAUAAUUAUAAUAUUUUAUAUUAAAACUAAUAUAUAACAUAACAUUGAACAACAAUUCCCCCUUGCACGUUUUACAACCGAGCUAUCAACUUGUAACAAAUAGAAACUAUAGAAUUCCUUUUUAGGCCCAGUUUUUCAUUUUUUGAUUAACUUGUAGCUUAGACUUAAUCUAAAUUUUAAAAUAAAAAUUGUGUUGUUUAAUUCAUGGUUAAUUACUAAGCUAAUAGUUUCUUAGUGCUAACUUUUACUAUCAGAAAAUUCAACUUCUAGGACUGCGUUUCGAUAUUC